AUGUUGGGAGGCGCUGAUAAGAACGUGGUCGUAUUUGAUAAGAAUGCUGAGCACAUCAUUGCCACGCUGAAGGGCCACUCCAAGAGAGUCACCAGCGUGGUGUACCACCCCUCCCAGUCGGUGGUGUUCUCUGCCUCUCCUGACGCCACGAUUCGGAUCUGGUCGGUUCCGUCCCAGUCCUGUGUUCAGGUGGUUCGGGCUCACGAGGGCCCGGUGACGGGGCUGAGCCUUCACGCCACAGGGGACUACCUGCUGAGCGCCUCCGAGGACCAGUAUUGGGCUUUCUCUGAUGUGCAGACCGGACGAAUUCUUACCAAGGUCACUGACGAAACCGCUGGCUGUGCGCUGACCUGUGCCCAGUUCCACCCCGACGGUCUCAUCUUUGGAACUGGAACCCUGGACUCACAGAUUAAGAUCUGGGACUUGAAGGAGCGCACGAACGUGGCGAACUUCCCCGGCCACUCGGGUCCCAUCACCACCAUCGCCUUCUCUGAGAACGGAUACUACCUGGCAACCACAGCGGACGACUCCUCCGUGAAACUGUGGGAUCUGAGGAAGCUCAAGAACUUCAAGACCAUUCAGCUGGACGACAACUACGAGGUGAAAUCUCUCAUCUUUGAUCAGAGCGGCACUUACCUGGCUAUUGGGGGAACAGACAUCCGAAUUUACAUGUGCAAGCAGUGGUCUGAGGUGCUGAGUUUCACAGAGCACGGGGGGGUCGUCACUGGGGUGGCGUUCGGCCAGCACGCCCAGUUCCUCACCUCCACUGGGAUGGAUCGAAGCCUCCGGUUCUACAGCCUGUGAGAGAAGCAGCCAGCUCUCCCCCCUGCUGGACAACAGCGGUGCUGCAGCAAAGCAACACUGCAGCUUGAAUACGACUUUGCUGUGACACACACACACACACACACACACACACACACACACACACACACACACACACACACACACAG